AUGGCGGCGGCGGGAGGCUCGGCUAGCUCGCUCGCUCGCUCCCUCGGCGCUCGGCCCGUCGGCGCCCGCGCCCGCGCCCGCUGCGGCCUCCACAGGAAGUGCCGGCGGCCGGCCUCGCUUCUCGUCCGCGGCUCCAGCGGCUGCCACCGGUACACCCCAGCGCCCAGUGGUGGGACAGGGAGGCCGGGAGUCUCCCCGCAAGACACCAUGGAAAAGUACCAGAUUUUGGACUGGCUGAAUCCUGGGGCCUUGGGGGUGAACCUUCUGGUGGAGGAGACAAAAACCAAAGUAAAGCACGUGAUAAAGCAGGUGGAGUGCAUUGACGAGCAUCAGGCCAACGAGGCCCUGGAGGAGUUGGUGCCGCUGCUGAAGCUUCAGCAUGCCCACGUCUCCGUCUACCAGGAGCUCUUCAUCGUGUGGAACAGUGAGAUCUCCUCUCUGUUCCUUUGCCUGGUGACGGAGUUCCACGAGGGAAGCUUCCAGGAUGUCAUUGAGAAGAAGAGGGCAGCAAAGAGGGUCACUGACUCCCAGUGGAUGCAGAAGAUGCUGGGCCAGGUGUUGAAUGCGCUGGAGUACCUGCACCAGCUGGACAUUAUCCACAGGAACCUCAAGCCCUCCAACAUCGCCCUGGUUAGCAGCGACCACUGCAAACUGCAGGACCUGAGCUCCAACGCACUCAUGAGCGACGUAGCCAAGUGGAAUGUCCGUGCAGAGGAAGACCCCUUUCACAAGUCCUGGAUGGCCCCCGAAGCUCUCAACUUCUCCUUCAGCCAGAAAUCUGACAUCUGGUCCCUGGGCUGCAUCAUUCUCGACAUGGCCGGCUGCUCCUUCCUGGAUAGCACGGAAGCCAUGCUUCUGCGGAAGUCCAUCCGGAGUUCCCCCGACGGCCUGAGGGGUGUCCUGAGGACCAUGGAGGAGAGGAGGGUCCCCGAUGCGAAAAUCUUCAGUUCCCUUUUGCCUCUGAUGCUCCAGGCCGACCCGUCGGAGCGAAUAACCACCAGGGACGUGAUUCACUUCACGUUUGUGAGCAGCGACUUCAGGUCCUCCAGCGGUGCCCUGAUGCUGCACCGGCAGGUGGUGCCCGAGUCCAUCAUCGACAUGCUGCUAGAAAGCAACGUCGCCAGCAUCUUAGAGGUCAUGCAGAGCUUCUCCAGCCACCCCGAAGUCCAGCAGAGGGCCAUGAAGAGGCUCCUGAGAAUGUCUGAAGAUCAGCAAGGUGUGCCGUGGCCAGCGGAGCUGGUGGAGGUGUUGAUCGGCAUCAUGAAGCAGCACGAGAGGAUCCUUGACAUACAGCUGUGUGCCUCCUCCCUGCUGCUCCGCACCCUGGGCCAAGCACUGGGGCAGGACCCGGCGGCCACGGUGCCGAGCGACAGCGCCAUCACCCCCGCGCUGCUGAGCGUCCUGCGGAGCCACCCCGAAGAGCAGCAGCUCCUGGUCACGGUCUACGGCCUGCUCACCAUCGUCGCCAGCCAGGGUGGGUGCCGCCCUCCCGUGGGCGCAGGGCUCAGGCGGGCGGCGCAGGGCCCGCCCCGAGGGGACAGCUGCUCCGUCCCCAGCUUCCAGGUUCACAGUCACGUGUCCCUCUGUCAACAUGCACGGGCACCGGCCAGGCGCCACCAUGGGCUUCACGCCGACGUGUUUCAGGUUCCAGCCCUUGCUGCCCCACCGGCCCCGCUCAGCCCCGCUCCACAGAGGCCACCAGCAAGUGGCCGAGGGACGGUGUGGGGAGAGGGUCACCACCGAGGGCUUCACACACGUUCCCCUCCUCCAGCCACUAACCGGGUGGGCAUCGCUCUCUCCAAAGGGAAGCUGGGGCCUCACCUGGAGCCCCGCGGCCCCCAGCCCACCCUACACUCACCAGACAAUCUACCAUAUUUCAUUGACCCCGCGCCGAGGAGUGAAAAGGGCGGCCAUGAAUUCCAAGGCCCACCUACAGGAGCGGCCACAGAUGAGCUGCAGAGGGCCGGGCUGUGUGAGCACAUCCUGGAGCACCUGGACACCUUCCCCAGGAACAGGGACAUCUGCAUCAACGGCCUGAGCCUGCUCUGGGCCCUGCUGGUGGAUGCUGCCAUCGUGAACAAGGCCCCCUUGGAGAGAGCCCCGGCCCUCAUUGCUGAGGUGCUGGCCACCUACCCCACGGACGCGGAGAUGGCUGAGGCCGGCUGUGCGGUCCUGUGGCUGCUGUCCUUGCUGGGCUGCAUAAAGGAGCAGCAGUUGGAAGAGGUGGUGGUGCUUCUCCUGCAGAACAUCCGGGUGCGCCAGGACCGGGUCCUGCUGGUGAACCACGCCUACUGGGCGCUGGCCAGCCUCGCGAAGCUGUCUGAGCUGGCGGCCCUGCAGGUGGUGAUGCCCGAGGAGGGCGGCAGCGGCCUCACCCUCAUCCAGGAGACGUACCAGCUCCACCAGGAUGACCCGGAGGUGGUGGAGAGCAUCUGCAUGCUGCUGGCCCACCUCGCCUCCUACAAGGAGAUCCUGCCGGAGCUGGUGUCCAGCGGCAUCCGGCCCCUGGUCGAGGAGAUCCACAGGCGCUUCACCUCCAGCCUGGUGAGUGUCAGGGGCCGCCUCAGCCAGCCCUGGGUGGCCCAGAGCCCAGGGGCCGGACGAGCGGUUUGUGUGCAGGCGACUGCCGCGUGAGUGGCUUUAAGAGGCUCUCCCUGUACCGCCC